UUUCAGAUAUGCUUCAUACAAGGAGAGGGCAAUAUCAAAUGCAAAACCAAAACUUGUUCAGAUAUGCACCAAUCACAAAAGCCUGGUUGUUGAUCACAUUGUUCAGUUCUGUCAUCUGCAUGCAUUUUGAUAUUGAUGAUUUUGAUUCUUGGAUUGCUCCAUCACUGGAAAAUAUCAUUUCCGUCAAGGGAAUGUUGCAGUUGAUUUCAUCAAAAUUGGUUUUUCGAACUCCUUCGUUACUUAUUAGUGGAUUAAUUUUGUUGUAUUACGGUCGAUUGGUUGAACGUCGCUUCGGUUCUUGCAAAUUUAUAAACUUCAUUUUGUUCAAUUCACUUCAUGCAAGCGCUGUGGAGAUAGCUAUUUACUUCGUUCUAUCACGAUUUUAUGGUUAUAUCCCAUCAACUAUGCACUUUAUUGUUGGACCGUAUGACUUGCUCACUGCACUAUAUCUAACAUAUGUGAAAGAGAUACCAUUAGUUCCGUAUGCCAGUAUACUUGGCUUAUCAUUAUCAGCGCACAGUUUUCCGUUCAUUAUGUUUAUUCAGCUACUUGCAUUGUCGAAGCCUGUUUUGAUUGCAUGUACGGCGGGUGCUUCAAGCGUGCUCUUAUAUCCACAACUCUUUACAAAAAUUAAUUUCUUGCCGAAUUUCUUUAUUCAACUAUUUCGUUCCACUUCAAACCCGAUUGGUUGGCUGCUCCAAAAAUUUGCCGAAUGUGGUGAAUUUGGAAGCGAGGGAAGUGUUUUACCGAUAGCAGCAACGGUUGAGAGACAGAGGAUAGACAUUCUAGAUAACUACGAAAGAAGGUUAAUGUUUGGGCAAAUGCAGCGUGUUUACAGAAAUGAACGAGCUCGUCCCAGCGACAGUCAACUUCAUUUUUUGAAUCGAUUGUUGGGCAGGGCAUCUACCGGGAGUGCACGAUCUAACGAAGACCAAGUGCGUCAACUCGUGGAUAUGGGCCUUGGAUCUCGGGAAGAUGUGAGGGAAGCUUUACAGCAAUGUGGUAAUGAUGCUUCUGAAGCGGCUAAUUUAUUAUUGCAUAACCGGCGUUAACGUUAACUGAUUUCGUUACUUAGUUCGAGUCGCUGUUUACAUGUAAUAAUUUUCAUUUCUUCAGGAACAUAAAUUAUGCUUGCACUCAACAUUUGUCUUAUUUCUUUGUUUUUAGUACUCCAUCCGUUGGUUUCAUUAUAAAAUAAGUCGUGGG